AUUCCUGGGUGUCAGCUUGCCUUCAGGGGCUUAACUAGACUUCCUCAAGCACACGUGGAGAGCUCCGUGUUAGGUUAAUGUGCUAGGAGACAUUUGUGAGCAAAGUAUGAUCCUCGUGCUCAAAAAGCUCAGAAUCCAGAAUUGAAUCCAUGCCACUUGUGUCCAGAGGUCUGUGAAGUGUGCUGGGCUGAUCCUUGUCUCUUUCCUGUGCCAAGACCGAGGUCCUCUUGCCUGAGCACUGCUAUCCAUCAAGCUGAUGGGCACCUGAGAUAUGCAUCUCUGCCAAUGGAACCUACUCCUGAUCCAGGGUUCCUGAGAUCCUCCCUCUUAUUAUCCCAGCGGAUUUCCCUUCUCAGCAUGGAGCUCUUCCUUCUGCUCUCCUUGGCUCUCUUCUCGGAUGCCAUGGUCAUGGAUGAAAAGAUGAAAUCAGGUGUUGAGCUGGACACAGCUUCUGCAAUCUGUAACUAUGACGCCCACUACAAGGACCACACCAAGUACUGGUGCCGUGGCUACUUCAGAGACUUGUGCAACAUUAUUGCCUUCACCCCUAAUAGCACCAACCAUGUGGCCCUGAAGGACACAGGAAACCAACUCAUCAUCACUGUAUCCUGCCUGCUCAAGGAGGACACAGGCUGGUACUGGUGUGGUAUCCAGCGGGACUUUGCCAGAGAUGACAUGGAUUUUACACAACUGAUUGUGACUGACAACAGAGAAGACCGGGCCAAUAGCUUUUCACCUGAUCCUUCAUGCAACAGGACCCGGAGCUGUAGGGCUGUCCAAAAGGCAGAGGGCUCCCGAAUGUCCAUGAUGAUCAUUUGUAUACUGAUUGCCGGUUUGGGGAUCAUCUUUAUAAUUAAUCAUUUGUCCAGAGGAAGGAGAAGCCCAAGAAAUAGAGGAAUUACUGGCAAAAGCAUCAACAGAAACCCACAAACAAGCCAAGCUCCAUCUUCGGUCUCCAUACGCUUGUAGGCAACGAUUUGAAGUUCUUUCCUCAAGUUUCGACUCAAGGAAAUGGCUCGAACCGAACAUGUGUGACUGAAGAUUUCUUUCAUUUAACUCCUAAAUAAAGUGAUGUCAUUAUAGUAGAA